AUGAACCCAACAGUCGAAGACCGCCAUGAACCACCAGGAACAUGCGACUCGUCCAAUCGCGCUCCAAUUGCCUGGGCAGAGGCUGACGCGACGCUGGCACUCGACUCGCAACAGCUGUUCUCCCGACACGAGGCCAUGCUUUCCUCGCACCUCGAACUGCUCGAUUCGGUCAAAGACCACAUGGCCCGGGACGGUAACGCAUUCCGCACAGUGUCGUCAAUGGUACAGAAGACGGUGCAGGCGAUGAAUCAGUUGAAAUUGGUGCGAAAGAAAAUGGACAACCACAAGACAACCCACUACGACACCUCCUCCACUGCCACGUCGCAAACAAGUUCCAUGAACGGCGCACAUCGCUCUCACACCCACACGCCCACCCCUCAAUCUACAGAUACCAUGAAUACGGCUCGGAGGAAACGAUCGCGGAACGAGAAAGAAGGAGACAAGGAGAGAGGGCCGGAUUCUGGAACCUCUCCAACCCACCAGAACCAGACUUACGAAGAUGCCGACGCCCGAGCCCCAAAACGAAAGCGGAGCUCCUACUCCGCCGUGCCUAGUGCCGCCGAUGAUCUGUGCGACGCGACUGAAGCAUCACUAGAAACAGAAGACAUCUCGGCUGAGGUCCAGCGCCGUCUACGUAUCAAGGAAGAGCAGCGGCGGAAACGGGAACGGGAUAAUGCAAGACCAGAAAAACGCAAACGCACGAGCGGGGCGUCGAACGGAAGUGUGUCGCCUGACAGAUCACGGCCGAAGAGGAAGCGCUCGAAGGUCGAAGUCGCAGCGGAUGUAGAUGCAGGCUCGGAUCUGAAACGGAGUGCGGAAUCGGUGUCGGACGGCGAGACGUUGGGCAGCUCGAAGAAACGAAGUACUGGUUGA